AUGAAUGGAGAUACAAAAUUAAUACUAUCACUAAUUGCAAAAAUUAAUAUGAAAUUACCAUGUAAUAGCGGUAAGAAAUUAGAGGGUUUAGAAUCGGAUCCUUUAAUAUUGCAUACGGUAAAUUCCAUAGUCGAUUUAUCAAGAUAUAGACUUAAUGUUAUAGCAAAUAAUCUUGCACAUUUAUUAGAGACUAUAUCAAAGACAACAUUACCGAAUGCUAGUGAAGAAAACAUUCCAAUUGAUAUUUUACAAUCUCAAUUAUUCAUUAUUAAAAUACUUUCAGCAUGUGUAAUAAAUCAUUGGACAUUUGUUCGAGGAACAAAUCAUUCAUCUGAGCCAUUAGUAAAACAAAUACAAUCAGAAACUACACAAACACAUUUGGAUUCCAAAUCUAAUCAUAAUGAUCAUAAUUUCACAAAUGGUCAUAGAGUAUUUAUAUUACCAAAAUCAUUUGAUGAUCCUCCUCCUAUAGAUGAUUCUCUUGCAAAAUAUAUUUUAAGUGUUUUAUCAAGGUUUCUUAGACAAAUGGCUAAUUUAGAAGAUAAUACUAAUAGUGAUAGGCAAACUUCAAUUAUAAAUGCUCAAGAUCAGGCUUCAAUAAAUUUAUUUGCAAAUUUAAAUUCAAGUUCAUCCAAUAUAUUUGAAAUUAUUACAGAUAUUUAUAGGAAUGCUGGUCAUGUCAUUUUUUACAUAAGUGCCUCAAAUUGGAAUGUUGUGUUUUCAAGAAUUAAGAACAGAAUAGGUUAUUUGACAUCUACAAAUGAUGAGAGACCAGAGACUGCGGAAUUAAAGUUUUUGGAAUGCUCUGAUUUAAAUUCAAAAAGAUUGUCAAUAGUUAUACAAGAGCUAUGUGGUUCAUUUCUUAAUCUUAAAAAGACGGCACAAUCAGCAAUGGCCCAGGUUUUACGUAAAUCUAUUUGGAAUUGGAUUAAAAAUUUUCCUGAAGAAUUUGUAGCUUUAUGUCAAAGCCAAAAAAAACUGGAGGGUGGACCUGAAAUUUUAUUUGAUAUUUGUAGUAACAUAACUGAUAAUAGUCGUAGAAAAAAAAUUUUUUGGCCAUUACAAACAAUGUUGUUGAUUUUAUGCCCUGAUAUUCUUUCAAAAAAAGUGGCUUUUCUUGAAACUUUGAAAAUUUCUCUAAAAAGAUCUCGUUCAGCUGAAGUUGCUAUUGAAUGUUGUGUUGAUAUAUGUAAAGCUUCAACUUAUGUAUCUAGGAAAGAUUCGUUGGCUUUACGUUUGAUUGUACCAGAAAUCGAGAAUGAUUUACGGGAAAGACUUUUUGAUCCUGUUAGAAGUUUGACAUAUGAUAAUCAAUUUAAUCAAAGCCUUAUGACUGAUUGUUUGACUGCAUUAUUCAAAUUAAACAAUACUACUUUAAGAUCAUUUAUUCCAGUCUGUUUAAAUGAAAAUGCACCAAGUGUUUUCAAAUUAGUAUUGGUUAAAAGCUGUUAUGCUAUCGCUUCAGAGGAAAAUAAAUUUCCUUGGAACCCGCAGCUUUUAACAAUGUAUCCUGUUCUUGCCACACCGCUUCGAAAUUUAUUUCAUCAAUAUAUUACCAGUCGUGAUAGGUUAGAUGUUAAGAAAAAGAAGCAAACAAGAGAAAGACCAGAUGAAAUUAAUGAGAGAAUGGAAAUUAUUUUAACAAUUUUGAAAUUAUAUAAAUCUGAUCCUUUGUUAGUACUUGUACAUAGUGAUGCAAAUGAGAACCCUGAUGAGAUUCGAAGGGUCAUUUAUGGGAUGACUUUAUGUGUAAAUGAUCACAAUCCUGUAAUUCGCACCACUGCAGCUGAAACAUUAAUAAAGCUACACGAUUUAAAAUAUAUUGAACAAUGGAGUUCAAAUGAUAAAAGGAUGCGUAGUUUUUGGGUUAUUAGUUCACAAGUUAUGUUAGCUAUUGCUAGACAAACAUUGGAAUAUAAAGAAUCCGAAGAGAGUACAAAAUAUUUGCUUGGUCUUUUACUUCAAUUAUUUAAACGACAUAAUGAAUUUUUAAAAGCUCAUAAGGAUGAAUCUCACAUUGGCAUUAAUAUACCUGAAAGGCUUGGUUGUAAUAUUGUACUUGAAGUUGCAUUAUUAGUUUUGUUAUGCUCAUCAGACACAGAAAUUUGUUCAAUGUCAAUGAGUUGUUUUGGUCAUUUAUGUCAAGAGGCUCAGUUGUUAACUACUGAACUUAUAGGUGAUGAAGUAGAUGUUCAAGCUGUUCCACAUUCAGAAUUACCAAUUAUAAAAAAUAUAGAUGUAUAUUUGGAGUUAUCUUCAAGAUCAUACAUAGUUCCAGGACGAAUAGCACAACAAAGACACAUAAGAAAGUUACUUCGUUUGAUAAAGGUACCCACUCCUGGAAAUCUUGCGGCAUGGGAAGAAGUUUAUAAACGUUGGAAAGUAUUGACACCAUUGAUUGCAAGGUCAACAGAUGACCAAAUAAUAUCAGAAGAUAUGAGCAAAAAAAGAAUGCCAAAAUUUGGACAAACUAAUCAAUUUAGUGUAGUGCCUACAGACUCUCAAUCAAAUGAAUGGCUAAAUUACACUGGAUUUCUUGCAGCAAUGGGAGGGUGCUGUGUUAAUGAAAAGCAGAUAAAUAUAAAUGGUGAUGGCAAAUCUUAUGAUUCUUUAGGAAAUGAGUAUAAUGAACAUAUAAUUGUAGGUCCUCGAGGAUCUGAUUAUCAUUCAAUGGCCGAACAAUUUGUUCAAGAAAUGUUUGAUUUGUUAGUAUGUGAUACAAUUUAUGUUCGUGAAAAUGUUAGGGAGGUGCUUGGUUCAGAAUUGAGCCCAAGAUUAUAUGUUAUUCUUUUUCGAAAUCUUGAGUCAGUUGUUUCAAGAUCUUUUGAUGCAGAUGGAGAAGCAAAGUCAAAUGAAAGACGUACAAUUUUUGUGGAACAAGCAAUAUCUAUUUUGAGAUUGAUACUUGAACGUAUUCAAGAUGCAUCUGAAAAUUUAUAUACAGUUGAUCUUGGUGGACUUGUUUUAUCAUUUGCCCAAUAUUUAAAUAGACUGGAAUCCAGUAGUGUGGCACUUCGUAUCAAAAAAAAGAUGUGCCAACUUGCUGAAGUAUUAAUGAUCAAGAAAGAUUAUAUUACCCUUCGACAAGAGAUUAAAUUAAGAAAUAGGUUAUUAGAAAUAUUUAUUGACUGGACAGUGGGUUGUUCUAUGAAAACUGAUGGGAAAAGUAACAAUGAUAUUGCAUUGAGUAAGAAUGAGCGAAUGCAUUAUGAUUUAGAUCGGGCUUGUUUAAAAGCAAUUGUUUCUAUUUUGGCACAAUUACCCUUGCAACCAUCAGAGACAAUACAUGAAGCAGAUCUUAGCAUUGUUAAAUCACAUUUAUUUUAUAAAUAUUUCGCAUUUUUCACAAAAUUGUUAAAUCGAUGUCGUAUUUUAGAAGCCAUUGAUAGCGGAACACAAUCCACAAAAAAUAAUCAUGAUUUACAAUUGCUUUUGUCAAGGUCUAAAGAAUUUGUCAAAGAUCUAGGUCCAUUGAAAGAUUACGCUAUUUUGGCUUUAAGUAAUUUACUUAGUGCUAAUGUGGAUUCAGGAUUAAAGCAUUCUCUUUCAAUGGGUUACCAUGAAGAUACCAAGACAAAAACUGCUUUUAUGCAAGUACUUACAAACAUAUUAAAUCAGGGCACUGAAUUUGAGGGACUUGCAGAAAAUGCAAUGAAUGAUAGAUUUGAUAAACUUGUGGAGUUAAUAACUGAUUCUGAUUUGAGUAUUGCACUUUCUCUUUGUGAAGUCUGUCCUGUGUCUGAUAUUGAUGAAGUCUCCCAAGUACUUUUUGCUGUUUUUGAUUCACGUCAUAAAACCAUGUCUUUGCUAAAAGCCAUUAUUGAAAAAGAGGUAACAAAUACAGAAUCCGAGUCAGAUUUGUUCCGUCGCAAUUGUAUGGCCACUCGUGUGUUGGCAGCCUUCUGCAAAACUUAUGGAGCUGAAUAUUUACAUAACACGUUACAGCCACUUUUGGCAAAUUUGUUAAAUCAACAAAAAGAUUUUAGUUGUGAACUUAAUCCUGCAAAUUUAGGACCUGACGAAGACAUUUCAAAAAAUUUACAGAAUUUGAUAAACACUACUAAAUCAUUUUUAGAUGGUAUAUGUGCAUCAGGACGUAAUAUGCCAAUAUUAUUUCGAGAAGUUUGUCAUUGUAUUGGAAAAUCUGUAGAAGAAAAAUAUCCACAGGCAAAAUAUACAACUAUUGGUGCUUUUAUAUUUCUUCGAUUUUUUAACCCAGCUAUUGCGGCACCAAAUAAUGAAGAUCUUAUUAAAAAUGCGAAAAUCCGCCGAACAUUAUUGCUAGUUACCAAGGUUAUACAGAAUCUGGCAAAUAAUGUUCUUUUUGGUGCAAAAGAACCUCAUAUGAUUAUGUUGAAUGCUUUUUUGGGUGAUAAUAUUCUUAAGAUGACUGCCUUUCUUGAAGAAAUUUCUAAAGAAUUACCUAUUAAUACACUUGCCGAACACGAACCGAGGGAGGCAUCUAAUAUAAAUAGAUUAAGUGAUGCUAGUCAGAAAGCAUUCCAUAGACAUCUUGUUGAAAAUCAAGAAAGGAUUGCCAAAGAUCUUCAAACAUGUAGGGUAAAAUCUAUUAGCUCUACAGGGCACAACAAUAUAUCUUUAGAUUGUAUUCAUGCAAAUAAAAAGACUUGGGAUAAAAUUUCAACCCUUCUUGCACAAAUUGGUCCACCAGUUGAAAGUCAGAAGAAAGAUUUUGCUGUCAUUGGAACAAAUCAUUUUGAAACAAAUAAUCAGCUUUUUUCAGAAUUUAUGCGUAGAAAUGCAAAUAGAAAUAUUGAUUCAAUAGUAUCUAAAGAAAUAUUUUACAAAGGAGGUAUUUCAAAGGAAAAAAGGCCCAUAUUUUAUUUAAUUUUACGUAGGCUUGAGCCCGAUUGCAUAGAUAUGGAUCUUUUGAUGUAUCAUAUUUUACAUACUAUUGAGCCAUUUAUGAUCAAACCAUAUGAAAUUCUCAUUGACUUGACUAAAUCUGGGCAAUCUAAUGAAAUACAAUCUCAAUGGAUUCAACAAUUUAUUCUAAUUCUUCCAUUCCAUACCGCCAAAAAACAAGAUUUAAUUUUUGGAUUGAGCUGUCAACUUAACGAUGUAUUUCAUAUAUCAGAGAUUGAGGACAUAACAUUUUCAUCUAAUGAAAGUGAUAACAAUGAAUUUUCAAUUAAACAAAAUGGUAGACCAUUUACAUUUACAAGUCAAAUAAGGGACACAAUUAUCCAGGCCAUUCGCACUUCUAAAGCAAGAUACCAGAUAGCAAAACCCAUUAAAGACACCGAAAGAAUUUUGAGACCAAAUGAUGUACCAGGAACUUUGUUAAAUAUGGCAUUAUUCAAUAUUAUAAGCGAAGAUCCUAACCUUAGACUAGCUGCAUAUAAUUUGUUAGUUUCUUUAAGUAAUGUAUUUAAUUUUGAUAUGGGAAAUCAAUUAUUGGCCACAAAAGCAAACAAUACAAAUUUUGUAGUUGGAAUAAGUGAAAAACUUGCUGCUUCAGAAAGUCGACUUACUCUUGAUUUUCUAAUGGAAUUUUUUGUUGGUUUUAAUAAGUCAAGUGUGCCGAUAAAACAUUUAUGUCUUCAAUAUAUGGCUCCUUGGUUGUUAAAUUUAGGUCAAUUUAUUAAAAAUCCAUCAGGAAAUCCGCAAACAGUUGAUAAAACAAGAGACAUAAUCCAAAAACUGAUUGAUCUGACAGCAAGAGAAACUAAUUUAUAUACCACGGUUCAAUCUAAAAUUUGGAGUACUUUAGCCAAAGUAAAUGAAAUUACCGAUUUAAUAAUUGAUGAAUUUUUGCAAUAUGCUGUUGAACAUGGUAUAAAUUCUAUGCAAUCUGAAACUGUAGCCAAUACCAUAGUAACUUUCUCUUCACCAAGCAUCCGUGGAAAAGUAAUAGCCAAAUUGAGAAAGGUUAUUGCAGGAACUUCUUUAAAAGCAACAAGAACCCUUACAGACAACCCUGCAUGGCCUGAAAUUGCAGCUUUGGUUCGAUUUAAUUUAAUGUUAUCGUUUAAUGAUGAAAAUAUUCACCAAUAUCUGCCUGAAUUAUUUUAUAUUGUUUCGAUUUUGGUAGCAACUGGCCCUCCAAUUAUAAGGACAUCAAUUCAUGGACUUAUUGUAAACUUAGUUCAAUCACUGUGUACAUCAGUUCCAUUAGAAGAUUCCAAUAUGAAAAAACUCAGUUUAUUAUUGAAUGAAUUAUCUGAACCUAAUUACCGUUACUUUUUUGGAUUAAACAAUGUUUUUGGAAAUGCCUUUGUGAUUUCUCCAGAAUCUAUUAAUGAUAUAUCAGAUAGUAUGCCUUUAGCAUCAUUAGAAAAGAUUGUUCAAGCUCUUUUGGAUGUGAUGAUAUUUGGUUCUGCUUCAGCUGGUGGAGCACGUUGGUUGGGGCUUGUUGCAAGUACAGCUUUUCAACAUAAUCCAGCAAUACAACCUAGAGCAUUUGUAACGUUAGGAUGUUUGGCACGUGAAGAAGUUGAUGAUGAUCUUUUAUAUCAAAUAUUGGUAGCAUUGAGAGGAGCAUUGUUAAUGUUUACAGAAAAUGAUUGUUUGCUUAUAAUAAGCAUUGUUAUGUGUCUUACAAACAUUGUAGAAAAUUUACCAUCAGGUUCACGUUAUUUGUUACCAUUAUUUUGGCUAGCCAUUUCACUAAUUCAAAUUGGUCAUGUUCCAAUAUUUCCAAGUGGAAUAUCAUUAUUACAAGAAGUUUUACGGGCUCUAGAUAACAAUAAGGUCUUUGAAAAUAAAGAUAUUGCUAAAGUACUUCUAAAUGCUAGAAUUCCAUUGGAAGAAAUCAGCAUAAAAAUGGACAGCGAAACAGGGUUAAAUUUUGAGUAUUUUUCAUUCGCGAUUGCAGCUACAUUACUUAAAGGAUUGAAAAAUCCAAUCACGAAAACUGGUACUCAAAGUUUAUUAAUGUCAUUUUUAGACAUAGCAUCUAGAGUUGGGAAUAAACGUCAAAAUGACAUUAUAGAUGCUAGUAUGCUAGGUUAUCUCGCAGUAUUGUUGCCAGUAUCGGCCAAUAACCAGGAUAUGAAAGAAUUGUUAUGGCUUUGUGGAAUUGAUGAUUGCGAGAUUGAUAAUCCCGAAUUAACAACAACCUAUUUUAGAAUGUAUGAUAAAUUGGACAUACCAAAUGACAAAGUCGCUUUUCUAUUAAUUUCAUUGAUGAUAGCAAUUUUAGAUAAUGCAGAAAACGAGUCUGAAAAAUUGUUCCUUUAUGGAUUUUUGGCCGAAACUGCUAAAGCACUACCUGAUGUUUUUUCAUUAGUAUAUGACAAUUUGCGUCCCAAAUUGGCACAUAUGAUAAAUAAUUGUGAGACGAUAUCGAUUCUUGAUUCAGUCCAAUCCAUUCUUUACACAAUUGUAUCAUCGGAAACUGAACUCCAGUUAAAGGGUAGUAAAAAACAAAUGCCAUCGUAUCUUGAAGAGCUUGGAUUUUCUAAUUUGAUGGAAUGUGGUUCAUUUCAAAAUAUUACUAAAGAAAAAAUGAAAAUAAAUGCAUUAUUAGCAAGUGAUUUGGUUGAUAAAAUAAUAAAUGGAUAA